UCACGAGUCUUCACCCCAUCGCAAGAGCAGUACAGAAGAAGCGCCGACCGAGGGUAAAAAAUGGAGCAAACUUUCAUCAUGAUCAAGCCCGAUGGCGUCCAGAGGGGCCUUGUUGGCGAGAUCAUCAGCAGAUUUGAGAAGAAGGGUUUUACUUUGAAGGGUUUGAAGCUGGUAACUGUGGACCGCCCUUUUGCUGAGAGGCACUACCAGGACUUGUCUGCAAAGCCAUUCUUCAGUGGUCUUGUCGACUACAUUAUCUCUGGCCCUGUCGUUGCCAUGAUCUGGGAGGGGAAGAAUGUUGUCGUUACGGGUAGAAAGAUAAUUGGAGCCACAAACCCAGCAGCAUCUGAGCCUGGAACAAUCCGUGGCGAUUUUGCAAUUGACAUUGGCAGGAACGUGAUCCAUGGCAGUGACGCGGUGGAGAGUGCUAACAAGGAAAUCGCACUGUGGUUCCCAGAUGGACCUGUCAACUGGCAGAGCAGCCUUCACUCUUGGAUCUACGAGUGAAAAACCUCUUGGGUUUUAGCCGACAAUGCUGUUUUAUCUCCCUAUUCUAAGAUUCGAGUUGUGUGUGUGUUUUGAAGAGUUUGUCACUGAGUAUUCCUCCAGACCGAUUUUGUGUUCUACUUUGGUUUUAAACCCUUAGUAAACAUGUGUUGCUGCCGAGAUUCCUUGGUUUUCUCU